CGAUGCGGAAAGGUUAAAACUAAUUCAUGUUCCAUUUAAGCAUCAGCACAAUUCGGCAUUGUGCGGUACUGAGUCGCAUUAUGCUCUUUAAUUGGAAAACUACCAUAAUACUGCGAAGAAUUUAUAAGAUAAAAAAAGCAAUGAAAACGCAGAAGACAUGGCUAUAUGGGCUUGAACCCUUUGCCUGUCCUUAUAUUGGACGAAGAACCCAAAAAAAAAACAAUUUUGUUUUGAUAGCAAUAUUUUAGAUGUUUGCGAAAUCUAACAUAAAACAAAGAAAUAAUUUAAAUAGAUUUCUAUUUACAUAUUUUUAUUUAUGAUUUUGGUUUUUAAAAUAAUUUAAUAUUCAUAAUAAUUAGUAACAAGGAAUUAUAACAAAAUGGGUGACAGAACACAAAGUCUAUCGUCGAUUAACUCAUCACCGAUGUCUUCCCAACUGACUGAAAAUACUAUUACUACAAGCUUGAAAUCGUAUUUAAAAGACUUAUUGAAAUCAAGAAUAUUUCUGGGUCGGUAUUUAGAACGAAGACUUGUAAAUGAAUGUGUUGGUUACAGAGAUAUUGUCUUGUUGAGUGCCGCUGAAACGGAAUUGAAGAGAGAUUUGCAUGAAGCUCAUGAAAAACUUUGUACUACAGGUACAAGCUCACUUUGGAUAGGUAUAACAGAUUCAGAUUUGUUGAACCUUGGUAUUUCAUCAAGCAUCUGCAUUUGGACUGAAAUAGAUAAUCAACCAUUUGGUACAUUUUGGUUUCAAAUAAAAGGUCUUAAAUAUAGAUGUAAUGAGAUAUGUAUUGCCUUAAAUUGCUUAAGGCAUAUAACUGAUGCAUUCAUAGAGCUGGAGCCAAUUUUGUCAGGUCCCAUAAAGAAACCUAUAGUAAAAUGUGAUUUGGCACUUGAAGGGAAUAGUGUAACAAAUUCGAGUGACAGUUUGAAAGAUAUUUUAAAAAGUGUAGUAGCAAUUAGUAAUGUUAAGGAAUUUCUAAAAUUUAUAUUUGCAUUAGUUGUGGCAAUUUUUACAGGAGGUACUUCAUUUGUUAGUUUUAUUGGAGACUUCACAUUGGGGUUAUUAAGAGAGAUAUCAAUAUUUGUGAAUAAUUCAACUCCAUUGGUAUUGGGUUUCCUUGAUUUUAUAAGUAAAAUAGUUGGUGGUUUCUAUAUAUUAAUGGCAAUGAUGUUCAAACCAAGUAGACCAGUACAUAUUCCAAACAAAAGAGAUAUUGUGGUUCCCAAUAAGCAUGGUGGAUAUAAUUAUUACAAUGACAAUAGCAAUUCUUUAAACCUUGAUUAAUAUUUUAAGUGAAACAUGGAGCACAUAAAAUAAAGAUCUCAAUUUGUUGAAUUUACAAUUUGAUUUAUGGGGUUUGAAGGAAGUAAACUCAGAUGUUCACACACCUGAAGUACAGCAGGGCCUCUAUAAUCAGAACCUCUUCUAAACCGAGCACUACUCACCCUGUCUUAUUAAUACAUAUGAUGUAAAGUUACUGCAAGUGUAAAAUGUCUGUCCUCCCUGCCUGUCAUGUUAUUCUGUACUGACAAAGGCAAGAUAUAGACAAAAAAAUUAAAAUUUUGAAUUACUUUACUUCUCGUUUAUUAAUUACACAUACUUAGGUAUUAAUACCUUGAUUAGGCUGACCAAGUAAACAUUCCUGCCAGAAAAAAUGCUUUUACGUAAAGUGCAAUACAACACUUAUCUAUGAUUUAUUACCUAUAGACAAAAUAAAAUAUUGAAUGUAUUUAAAAAUUAAUUAAAAAAUAAAAAAAAUAUUAUUGAGGAUCUUUAAAUUUAACAUACAUUUAAAGAUCCUCAAUAAUAUUAGAUAAAUUUAAAAUGUAGGUUCUCUGUACUAAUUAUAGUAUAUUUGGAUUACCGAACACUCCAGAAAUCCGAAAAAAAGGGGAAAUGUUUCAGAGUUAUGAUUAAAGAGGUCCUGCUGUGAUAAGAAUAAUUAUUAUCUUAUUAUUUAUAAAAUUACUCUUAAAGCAGCUUAUAAUAUAUUUAUAGCUCUUUUAUCACUGGGCAAUUACUGAGCUAAUGUGACUUUGAUAUGUUCUCUGUGUCGCAAUGUGACAAACACAAUUCUAAUUGCCCUCAGAUAAUCAGGUUUUUCAAGAAUACUGAUCUGCACUGCAUCAUUAUUGACAGGGUCACUUACCAUGAUGCUUUUCCUUGUCUCAUUCGUUCUUACAAAAAAAAGGAAAUGACAAACUCAUUAUUGACCAAAACAGUAAGAAAUAAUAUCAGAUUCAAACAGUGCUAGACUGAGCUGAUUGUUGUGAUAUUAUUUAUUUAAAAAUAUGUACAUAAACUAUUGUAAAGUAUUUAACUUUGUUUUUGUAGGUGGUUCAUAAUUUUUAUCAACAAUAAAAUGUUUACUGUG